GAUGAAAAUGUAUAUGAAUGUGUUGCCCAUAACAGUAAUGGUGAAACUACAGUUAGUGCCAAACUCACAGUCCUGAGAGAGGAUCAGCUUCCUCCUGGCUUUCCAAAUAUUGAUAUGGGCCCCCAGCUUAAGGUUGUAGAACGUACAAGAACAGCUACUAUGUUGUGUGCUGCUAGUGGAAAUCCAGAUCCUGAAAUCACCUGGUUUAAAGACUUCCUUCCAGUAGAUCCCGCUGCCAGUAAUGGAAGAAUCAAACAGCUAAGAUCAGAAAAUACACCAAUUCGAGGUGCCUUACAAAUUGAAAACAGUGAGGAGACUGAUCAGGGGAAGUACGAGUGUGUUGCAACCAACAGUGCUGGUGUUCGUUACUCUUCACCUGCUAAUCUUUAUGUGAGAGAGCUACGAGAAGUUCGUCGUGUAGCUCCACGUUUUUCCAUUUUACCUAUGAGCCAUGAAAUUAUGCCUGGAGGUAAUGUAAAUAUAACUUGUGUUGCGGUUGGUUCACCGAUGCCCUAUGUGAAAUGGAUGAUGGGCGCUGAAGAUUUAACCCCAGAAGAUGACAUGCCUGUGGGACGUAAUGUUCUAGAACUUACCAAUGUCAAGGAGUCUGCUAACUACACCUGUGUUGCUAUGUCAAGUCUUGGGGUUAUUGAGUCGGUAGCUCAGAUCACUGUUAAAUCCCUUCCUAAGGCACCUGGAACUCCCGUGGUAACAGAGACCACAGCUACGAGCAUAACAAUUACAUGGGACUCUGGCAAUCCUGACCCUGUGUCUUACUAUGUUAUAGAAUACAAGUCUAAAACUCAGGACGGACCAUAUCAAAUCAAAGAGGAUAUCACCACUACAAGAUACAGUAUAGGUGGACUCAGUCCUAACUCUGAAUAUGAGAUCUGGGUGUCAGCAGUUAACUCUAUUGGCCAAGGACCACCCAGCGAACCUGUAGUGACACGUACUGGAGAGCAGGCACCUGCUAGUGCCCCUCGAAAUGUACAAGCUCGGAUGCUUACCUCUACUACAAUGAUAAUUCAGUGGGAAGAACCUGUUGAACCAAAUGGGCAAAUAAGGGGAUAUCGUGUUUACUACACUAUGGAGCCUGACCAACCCGUCAGCAACUGGCUAAAAUAUAAUGUGGAUGAUAAUCUUUUAACCACUAUUGGAAACUUACUGGAACAUGAAACCUAUACUGUCAGAGUCUUGGCUUUUACAUCUGUAGGUGAUGGCCCACUCUCUGAUCCCAUUCAAGUGAAAACUCAGCAAGGAGUUCCUGGACAGCCAAUGAAUUUUAGAGCUGAAGCCAAAUCAGAAACCAGCAUUAGUCUCACCUGGAGUCCUCCACGCCAGGACAGUAUUGUGAAGUAUGAAGUGAUUUACAAAGAAGGCGAGAAAGGGCUUGAGAUCAAAAAGACCUUUGAUCCAACAACGUCAUAUUUAGUGGAAGGUUUAAAACCCAAUACAGAAUAUAUAUUUCGCCUUGCAGCUAGGUCUCUGCAAGGCCAGGGUGCUUGGACAUCAGAUGUUAAAGAGAGGACCAUGCAGUCUAAACCAUCUGCCCCCCCUCAAGAUGUAAAGUGUGUCAGCACAAAGUCUACCACAAUACUGGUAAGUUGGCAGCCACCCCCACCCGAAAGCCAUAAUGGCAUUCUCGCUGGAUACAGUGUGCGCUAUGGUGCUUUGGACUCUGAGGAACCAGAAGUAAAAGAAGUAAAGGAAAUUCCACCUGAGACCACUGAGAUCGUUUUGGAAGCAUUAGAAAAAUGGACUGAGUAUCAUAUCUCUGUUAUCGCACAUACUGCAGUGGGACCUGGUCCAGAGAGCUCGCCCGUUGUUGUUCGCACCGACGAAGAUGUGCCCAGUGCUCCACCAAGAAAAGUUGAGGUGGAAGUAAUAAACUCGUCCGCCAUUAAAGUAUUUUGGCGUUCUCCUGUCCAAAACCGUCAACAUGGCCAAAUUCGUGGCUAUCAAGUUCACUAUGUUAAAAUUGAAAAUGGAGAGGCAAAGGGGCUUCCUUUUAUUAGGGAUGUUAUGCUGACUGAUUCGCAGUGGGAAAUGGAUGAUACAGCUGAAUAUGAAAUUAUUAUAGCUGGACUUCAACCUGAAACCUCUUAUUCCAUCACAGUUGCUGCAUACACUAUGAAAGGAGAUGGUGCACGCUGCAAACCAAAGGUAGUCACUACUAAGAGUGCUGUUCCUGGAAAACCUGACUUUUCUGUGCAUCAGACAUCGGAGAGCAGCCUACAAUUACAAUGGGAACCACCAAGUGAGUCAGUUGAGCACAUCCUAGGGUAUCGCCUACAGUUUGGGCGCCAUGAUGCUAAAGUUUUAUCAACGCUUGAGUUUGGACCUCAACAAAAGACAUACACAGCGACCAAUGUCCACAAGGGUGCAAAAUACAUUUUUAAAAUGGCAGUCAAAGGCCGGGCGGGCUUUAGUGAGGAAGCUGUGAAAGAGUUUGUCAUACCAGGGGAAGCACCUAAAGGUUAUCCUCUAUUAACUGAGCCUGGCAAUAUCAGUUCUGUAACUAUCCAGCUAAACUGGCUGCCUCCUAUUUUGGUCGAACAGUAUGGGGAUAUCACCAAGUAUACAGUAGCUUACUGGGUUGCUGAAACUCCUGAAAAAGUGUUGGAAUUGGACUUCUCAUCUUCUCAAAGCUCUUGCUUGCUGAGCAAUCUGAAGCCUAGCACUGUGUAUGAAGUCAAAAUACGUGCACAUACCAAUAAAGGGCCUGGGCCUUACAGUCCAAGUGUCCAGUACCGCACUUUUCUUCUAAAUCAAGUAAUGCCCAAAAAUUUCAAGGUCAGGAUGGUCACAAAGACUUCUGUUCUCCUUAGCUGGGAGUUUCCUGAAAAUUACAACUCAAUAACACCAUACAAGAUUCAGUAUAAUAUGCAGACAGUGGAUGUAGAUGGACGGACAACAAAGAAGUUAAUUGCCAACCUGAAACCCAAAACCCAUUACACCUUUACGCUUACCAAUCAUGGAAAUUCUAUGAGUGGUCUUCAGCAGAAUGUCGCUGUCCGUACAGCUCCUAACAUGCUGGGUGUGAAACCUUUGGUAAAUGCAAAGGCGCAACUAGAUGGUAGCAUAACCGUAGUUCUGCCAGAUGUGGAAAUGUCUGACUCAGUGAGACAUUACUAUAUUGUAGUAGUGCCUUUAAAGAAACUGCGUGGACAAUAUUUAAACCCUUCAGGAAGCCCUGAAGAAAUGGAUUUAGAGCAGGUUAGUAAACAUACAAAGCAGCAUCGUCGUAGCUUGCGUUACCUAAGACACCUGGAGUACCCUAAACCAUAUGUGGCAGCUCGGCUCCAGUCUCUUCCUGGACAUUUCACUCUUGGAGACCAGAAGAACUAUGAUGGCUUUGAAAACAAGGCAUUGGAGAUUGGACAGAAAUAUGUUUUCUUUAUCUUGGCCAUGCUGGAAAGUGCUGAAGUGAAGAUAUUUGCUGCUAGUCCAUAUUCCGAUCCCAUUCAAGUAGAAGAUCCAGAUCCUCAACCAAUUACUGAGGGGGAAGAAGGCCUGAUUUGGGUUAUUGGACCAGUCCUAGCUGUUGUUUUCAUAAUCUGCAUCGUGAUUGCUAUUCUUCUCUACAAAAAUUCCAAACCAGACAGCAAACGGAAAAACUCAGAACCCAGGACCAAAUGUUUACUGAAUAAUGCAGAGAUCACCCCUCACCAUCCAACUGAUCCAGUGGAGAUGAGACGCAUUAACUUUCAGACUCCAGGUAAGGGAGUUAGCGGAGCUCCACGACCCCAUGCUGGGGGCAUGCUUAAUCAUCCACCAAUUCCAAUUUCUGAACUUUCUGAGCACACAGAACACCUAAAAGCCAAUGAUAACCUGAAGUUAUCUCAGGAGUAUGAGUCAAUUGAUCCUGGACAGCAGUUUACAUGGGAGCACUCCAAUCUUGAAGUCAACAAACCGAAAAAUCGUUAUGCUAAUGUGAUUGCCUACGAUCACUCUCGGGUUAUCCUUAUGCCUGUUGAAGGAAUCCUGGGCAGUGACUACAUCAACGCUAACUAUAUUGAUGGAUACCGAAAACAAAAUGCAUACAUAGCAACGCAAGGCCCUUUGCCAGACACCUUUGGAGACUUCUGGCGCAUGGUAUGGGAACAGCGUUCUGCCACUAUAGUGAUGAUGACACGACUGGAGGAGAAGUCUCGAAUUAAAUGUGACCAGUAUUGGCCAAGUCGAGGUGCAGAUACCUAUGGAGUUAUUCAAGUAACACUAUUAGAUACCAUUGAAUUGGCAACUUUUUGUGUACGAACUUUCUCCCUUCAUAAGAAUGGAUCAACUGAAAAGAGAGAGGUCCGUCAAUUUCAAUUUACAGCCUGGCCAGACCAUGGAGUUCCUGAGUACCCAACUCCAUUCCUUGCAUUCCUCAGAAGAGUAAAAACAUGUAAUCCUCCUGAUGCAGGACCAAUCGUUGUUCACUGCAGUGCUGGAGUUGGGCGAACUGGGUGUUUUAUAGUAAUUGAUGCAAUGCUAGAAAGAAUAAAACAUGAAAAAACAGUAGAUAUUUAUGGGCAUGUGACACUAAUGCGCUCACAGAGGAAUUACAUGGUACAGACAGAAGAUCAGUACAGCUUUAUUCAUGAUGCCUUGUUUGAAGCUGUGGCAUGUGGGAACACAGAAGUCCCAGCAAGAAAUCUGUAUACAUAUAUUCAGAAAUUAGCUCAGAUUGAGGUUGGAGAACAUGUUAUAGGCAUGGAGCUAGAGUUCAAGCGCCUUGCCAAUUCAAAAGCUCACACUUCCAGAUUUAUCAGUGCCAAUCUUCCAUGCAACAAAUUUAAGAACCGCCUUGUUAAUAUCAUGCCAUAUGAGACCACAAGAGUUUGUCUGCAGCCAAUCAGAGGAGUGGAAGGUUCAGAUUAUAUUAAUGCCAGCUUUAUAGAUGGAUACAGGCAACAAAAAGCCUACAUUGCAACACAAGGACCUCUUGCAGAAACCACAGAAGAUUUCUGGAGAAUGCUUUGGGAAAAUAACUCCACAAUUGUUGUAAUGUUAACAAAACUUAGAGAAAUUGGCAGAGAAAAGUGCCAUCAGUAUUGGCCAGCUGAGCGAUCUGCUCGAUAUCAAUACUUCGUUGUGGAUCCAAUGGCUGAAUACAACAUGCCUCAGUACAUUUUGAGAGAGUUUAAAGUCACAGAUGCCAGGGAUGGUCAGUCUCGUACAGUACGACAAUUUCAGUUUACCGAUUGGCCAGAACAAGGCGUGCCAAAAUCAGGAGAAGGUUUUAUUGAUUUCAUUGGCCAAGUACACAAAACAAAGGAACAGUUUGGUCAAGAUGGACCGAUAUCAGUCCAUUGCAGUGCUGGUGUUGGGAGGACAGGGGUAUUUAUUACCCUUAGUAUAGUCCUAGAAAGAAUGCGUUAUGAGGGGGUUGUAGAUGUUUUCCAAACAGUAAAGAUGCUGCGAACUCAAAGACCAGCAAUGGUACAGACAGAGGAUGAAUACCAGUUUUGCUACCAAGCCAGUUUGGAGUAUCUGGGCAGCUUUGAUCACUAUGCAACAUAAGAAGCCAUCUUAAAGUGAACAUGAUCAACCACAGUAUCUGCUGACCCUCUUAAAAAGACUAAUCACAUAAACUACAAAAAAAGGGGAAAAAGGCGCUGGCACCAGGGAUGGGAGAUAACUGAAAACAUUUCUACAGACUUCACUUUCAGAAGUCCGUGGUGCAGAGCUUACUUUGACACUUGGGUCACUUCUAUUUCAAAAUGCUUUUGGUUCUGAUACCUCAAGCCCUUUUCUUGAGUAUACAUGGAUCUCAAACCAGAAGUGGUGCUCUCAGAUAGCAUAACAAUAUAUGUUCUUUAUUAGAAGAAUAGGAGAAAAUAAUGUGGCAUCCCUGAGGUUCAUGUUAUUUGAGUAUUUUAAAGUAGAACUGUUUGGGCAGAAUAACAGCAAUGUUCUUGUGAAAUGGUAAAAUUUAGUUAUGUAUGCUUGUGUCUGAACAGAGAGCCUUUCUUUUAAAACAAAAACAAAAAACAC